AUGCCAGACCCGGCCGUCGACCUAGCCCGUUCGCGCACGACCACCACCCUGCAGCCUUCUGAGUCCUCUGCCUCUGGUUUCAGGCGGGUCAUCGAUGUACCUCCGGACAAUGGGAAGAAGAAACGAGGAGGGUUGUUCAAAUGUAGGCCAGAUCCUAGCGAGUACAGAGAUCCUUAUGAACAGGGUCUGCAAGUCGGAGGUCCCACCCUCGAAGCCUACUAUCCCAAUCCCGAAGCCAUACCCACAUACGCUCAGCCAACUCCAUCUACCGUCCCAUCUAGCGGUCUCGGAGCAUCAGAUCCCAUCUACUCUGGCGGGACUGAGAUGGACCUGAGUUGGAACGAAAAGAGGAAACUGGAGAAAUACGCCAAACAGGUUCGGAAGGAUGAAGCGAGGAGGAAGAAAGAGAAGGAGAAGUGGCAGCGGGAUAUGGAGAGACGGGCGGCGAUAGAAGAGAGGAAGCGGUUGAAAGACCAAGAGAAAGAACUCUCCGCCUACCGAAAGGCCUCCACCCACUCUCGGUGGAACCUCUUCCGACCCUCCUCUCAUACCCACUUCCCGGGACCUCCCCCUGGUUCCGGGACGAACGUGGUGACACCAUACCAGAACUAUACACCAAACGGAACAGCUUGGGGUGAACAUACGUACAGCUACCCAGCUACAUAUUCUGGUCGACCCUUACCGCUCCUCAAACCUACUGCGACGAGAGCAGAGACGUAUACCGCACUCCCACUCCCUGUCGGACCGGCGGACAUGGCUUCGGCAGCGGGAGCAGGGGCAAGAGGCGGGUUACAGCCGUGGGAGGGGUACGGGAUCAGGAAGAUCGGGGGAGAAGGGGGGUGGACAGGGAUGAGUCGGUACGUACUUGGUCAUAGCGCGGUACACCGUGCGAUCAACGUUCCUGGGGAACCGAAGGGCUUGGCUGAUGAUAUAUUUUCGCUUUGGGUCUGA